AUGUCGCAGGGACGCACCAUAUCGCAGGGAUCCGCCCGCCGCCAGCGGCCGCCCAAGGACCCGCUGCGGCACCUGCGCACGCGAGAGAACUGUCUCUUAUACACAUCUGGACGCACCAUAUCGCAGGGAUCCGCCCGCCGCCAGCGGCCGCCCAAGGACCCGCUGCGGCACCUGCGCACGCGAGAGAAGCGCGGCCCGUCGGGGUCCUUCGGCGGCGCGAACACCGUGUACCUGCAGGUGGUGGCAGUGGGCAGCCGGGACGCGGGCGCCGCGCUCUACGUCUUCUCCGAGUUCAACCGAUACCUCUUCAACUGUGGAGAAGGCGUUCAGAGACUCAUGCAGGAGCACAAGUUGAAAGUUGCUCGCCUGGAUAACAUAUUCCUGACUCGAAUGCACUGGUCUAAUGUUGGUGGCUUAAGUGGAAUGAUUCUUACUUUAAAGGAAACCGGGCUUCCCAAGUGUGUACUUUCUGGACCUCCGCAACUGGAAAAAUACCUCGAAGCAAUCAAAAUAUUUUCUGGUCCAUUAAAAGGAAUAGAACUGGCUGUGCGGCCCCACUCUGCCCCCGAAUACAAGGAUGAAACCAUGACAGUUUACCAGAUCCCCAUACACAGUGAACAGAGGAGUGGAAAGCACCAACCAUGGCAGAGUCCAGAAAGGCCUCUCGGCAGGCUCAGUCCAGAGCAAUCUUCAGACUCCGAGUCAAAUGAGAAUGAGCCGCACCUUCCCCGUGGUGUUAGCCAGAGAAGAGGGGUAAGGGACCCUUCCCUGGUGGUAGCUUUCAUCUGUAAG